AUGGUGGAAAGACAAACCUCGCCGUCCGAGCAAACGCCGCUCAUUGCAUCCGCUGAAGAUGACCCCCAAAGCAAUGUGAGCUCUCUUAGGGGAUUGGGAAUAAUCACGUCCAUGGGUCUUUUGAUUUUUAUUCAGACGACCAACAUGUCAAUAAUGACCACUGCCCAAUCCUACAUCGCAGCCGACCUGGAUGCUUUUGCCGAAGCGACUUGGUUCACAUCGGCAUUUAUGAUCGCGAUGUCCAGCGUUACGCCCUUAUCUGGACGACUAUCGGAGAUUUUUACACCGCGCAUCUAUGUUACCUUUUCGGGCCUUGUUCUAGCUCUGGGUCUGUUCAUCACCGCUGCCGCUCCAACUCUGGCAGUCUUCCUUCUCGGUCGGGUCGUUACGGGUAUCGGCAGCGGUGGACUGAUGAGCGUGGCCAUUAUUUUGGUUCUGGAUCUUGCGAGCCCCAAACGACGAGGCUUGUAUAUUGGCGUCAUCAACGCGGGCUACACGACCGGUGUGGCUUCAGGGGCGGUUCUUGCAGGCCUGUUGACGCCAAUUGUGGGAUGGCGCUUUCUGUUUUGGAUACAGGCUCCGGCGGCGUUGGUAUUGGGCCCUCUACUCUCCUUGGCUCUUCCAACUUCUCCAAACGAUCGCGGCGCCUUGACAGGAAGUGCUUUACGAAAUAGUCUUGUCAGAAUCGACUAUGCGGGUUCUUUUACUCUGACCCUCUCGGUCGUCCUCAUGCUUUCCAGUCUGGCCUCGCCCCAAAUUCCUCUCUGGCCCAUCCCAGUGUCUCUACUUUUGUUUGGACUGUUCAUUCUCAUUGAAUCGAACUGGGCCAGUGAACCUGUUAUUCCCGUGCGACUCUUGCGGAACCGAAGUGUGUUAUUGACAUGCGUUGCGGCCCUGGGCAUGAUGAUGGCUCGCUGGGCCGUUCUAUUUUUCACACCGGUCUAUGCGAUGGCCGUCCGAGGAUGGUCCCCUGCGUCGGCUGGGCUUAUUCUGGUUCCAACCAAUGCCGGAUUUGGAGCGGGUGGUCUACUUGUCGGAUGGCUGCACAUACGUAAAGCUAGCAGCUACUAUAUUUCCUGUCUGAUUAUAUUUAUCCUCUUCGCCAUGGCCACGGCGGCCCUCGCCUUUCUCUCGACGCCAACCUCUUCUGCGGUGGUAUACCUUUCAGUCACUUUUCUAGACGGCCUGUUUGCCGGGUCUCUGAUGAACUAUACUUUGUCUCAUGUGCUACAUCUCACCAAUCCUGAAUUGCACUACAUUGUUACUUCGCUUGUAGCGAUGUCUCGAGGCUUUGCAGGAAGUUUCGGGUCGGCGAUUGGCGGUGGAUUCUUCGCUCGUGUGCUCAAGAGUUCCUUGGAAACGGGCUUUUCCCAGCACGGAUUGCCCCCUCGGCCGGAUCUGGUGCGUACUCUACUGGGAAGCCCGGCCACCGUCAUGCAAUUGACUGGCCUCGCGCGACUAGUCGCCAUCCAAAGCUACGAGCACGCGACACGCAUGCUGUUCCUGGCGGGCAGCGCAUUGGCACUGGGGGCGACUGUCUUGCAGGCGGGAACCGGAUGGCGCUCGGGGGUAAAUGACAAAAGACAAGAUGAUUUCGGCUCCGAUCAGGAAGCUUGA